CAUGGGUACAAUUAAUCACUCAACAUUGUCUGCGCCGUCCUAUUUUCAAGACUUCACAAGGGAUACUGUUGUACAGCCAGCAAUUAGGAGGCUCGUCUUCAGAUGCUGUUGCUUUUCUUUGCAUGAUCCGCCUGACGUCAUUACGAACAUUGACUUAAUCGGCUCUUUGGGGCGUUACGCUGGCCAUCAGUAGUUACCAUGGACGAUGAGUCCAAGAUUCAAGAGUUUCCCGACAUCUCGUCCAAGCUGACUGCACCGAGCAAAAAGUCUCUUUAUGAGAGACAAAAGGCUGAAGCUGAAGCUAAACGAUUACGCGAAGAAGCUGAGACAGCAGCAGUCUACGAAGAUUUCGUCAAGUCGUUCGAGGAUAACGAAACCCCGAAACCGUCAUUAUCGGGUCCCGGAAACCGUCGAUCUGGCCCAGGCACGCUCCUUGGGUCAUCUUUUGGUGAUAUUGGUGUCGGUGGUCCUCCGAAGCGACACUUCGCUGGUGCGUCAACUGGGCCGGCCUCUGGGAAAUUAGGAAUCGGAGCAAGGAGUGGCCCAGGAAGCCUAGGUCCCUUGGCACCAUCGCUGUCACGAAAAAGAGCCCACGAUGGAACCUCCGCCUUUCAGCGAGAGCUCAACCAGGCGGGAGACUUAACCCAAUCAUUGGCAGCACCAGCGGCUGCCUUUCAGACUUCGGAUGAUGAGGAUGAAGCCGAAACUGGGCCUGGGGCGAGAGAACGUGCGGUCCCAAAGCCCACACUCCACCUUUCCUGCUUACCGCCGGGAACUUCUCAAGCCGUCAUUAAAUCGCUGGUUCCCGCGUCAUUGAAUGUUGAUGCCGUUCGCAUUCUUCCUCCAGCUGGCCCAGGCUCGACCGAGCGAAAAUCACUCUCAGCCAUUGUAACCCUUGCGAGAGACACCCCCGCAAGCGAUAUCGACACCGCUGUCAAUGCACUUCAACACCGUUAUUUGGGUUUCGGCUUCUACCUAUCAAUUUCGCGCCAUCUUUCCUCUGCUGCGCUCGGCACGGGUGCUUCUGUCUCCGCAUCGCUCAAUUCCGCCCUCUCCUCUCUGCCCUUUGGAGCCCGCCCAACACAGGGGCCUGGACUUUCUUUGGCCCGGGCCCCACCUCCAGGUCCACACCGUGGCGGUAUUGCUCCUCCCUCGUCCUUCGCCACGUCGGACGCGGGGCUUUACGGAAGGGGCACGCUGCCCCUGCAGGUGUCAGUGCGGCCGCCAUCAAAUCUCAAGAAACUAAAAUUGAUACAUAAAACUAUCGAAGCGAUGCUCACACAUGGACCUGAGUUUGAGGCACUACUUAUGAGCCGCCCAGAAGUCCAACGUGACGAGAAAUGGGCAUGGCUCUGGGAUCCCCGCAGCGUUGGCGGAGUUUGGUUCAGGUGGCGCUUGUGGGAGAUCUUGACGGGAUCAUCGGCCAGCAAAGGCCGUAGUCAUUCGAAUUAUGAUAAUUUGAAACAAACGGUAUUCGAAGGGGCGGCUCCGUGGGUUUCACCCGAAAACAACCUUCGUUUUGAAUACACCACGAGACUAGACGAAUUUGUUUCUGACCCCGACUAUGACUCCUCGGAGGAUGAAGACUCUGCAGGAGAAGAGUCCAUGGAGAAGGCAUUCUUGAAUCCUCUACAAAAGGCGAAAUUCACACAUCUCCUGGCGCGUUUACCAAGGACUACGGCGCGACUACGCCGCGGUGACGUGGCUCGUGUGACCGCAUUCGCCAUCGAACAUGCCGGCAGAGGGGGCGAUGAGGUUGUCGACAUAAUUGUGUCAAAUAUUGAACAGCCUUUUGCAUAUCGGACCGCGCAUCCAGAGAGCAAAAAUUCGCGAGCGGAUGCCGAUGACGCUGCUGAAGAUAAUAUGGAGGAUAAAUCGAAGGACGGAAAAGAGGAUACAUCCUCGGCAAAGCUAAUUGCUCUUUACCUAGUAUCUGACAUUCUCUCCUCAUCUUCCACAAGCGGGGUCCGACAUGCUUGGCGAUAUCGUGGACUUUUUGAGGCCGCUUUGAAGCGGCGGAAGCUAUUCGAGAGCCUGGGUCGGCUUGAAAAAGACUUGCAGUGGGGUCGACUGCGCGCCGACAAAUGGAAGAGGAGUGUCAAUAGCGUGCUUAGCUUAUGGGAGGGCUGGUGCGUCUUUCCUCAGGCGACCCAAGAACACUUCAGCUCUGUUUUCUCCAACCCCCCGCUUACUGCUGCUGAAGAGGCGGCAGUCGCGGCGGAAAGUGCGGCAGCUUCAGCGCCGCGACCUAGUGCGCCAAAAUCCAAAUGGAAAACAGUUGACGUCAAUGCGUCACCCGCCGAAACCCCGCAAACGCCCGAUAUAGCAGCAGCAUCUUCAACUUUGCCCGAGGCCCCUACUGAAGAAGCCGGUCUCGACGGUGAACCGAUGGUGGAGGACGAAGACAUUGAUGGUGUUCCAAUGGACGAAGAUAUUGAUGGCGUGCCAAUGCCUGAGGAAGAUGAGGAUGUGGAUGGCAUGCCCAUGCAAAAUGAUCUUGAAUUGGAGCCACAGGGUGUGGAUCUGGAUGCUCAGGAGUCAGGCCGUGAUUCUUCCGUUUCAAAGAAGGAAGGCUCCUCCACAAAUUCGUCAAAUAUAACUACAAAUGAUUUCAAAGGAGCUCAGCCCCUUCCGACGCAGGAAGCGCCUCCUCGACGUCGACGACCAAAGGCUGAAGACAUGUUUGCAGACUCGGAUGAGGGAGAGUAAAUAGGAGACUCCUUUUGAUACUUUUGAAUUUCUUCUUUUUUUUUUUUUUUU